UGAAGCAACAGCACCAUGAAGUUCACCUCUCCUCUCGUCAUGAGCGCCCUCCUGGCCGGUACCGCGCUGGCCGCGCCGCAUGACGUCCCGCAGCGCCGUCAAUUCGGCGGCGGCAACGGGGGGUUCAAUGGUUUCCCCGGGGGUGGGUUUGGGGGUGGUUUCACAAGUAGCGGCAUGAACCAAGGCCCGGGCCAGGGCCAGGGCCAGCCCGCCGCGAACUGGGGGGCUUCUCUCCCCAGCGCCAGCUUCAACGCUCCCCAGCAGCAGCAGCAGCAGCCCACCCAGACUCUGGCGCCUACCAGCUACGCUGCUGCUGCUGCCACCUCUACUAGUGCAACAUCCACCCCUGCUCCGACCGACGCGAACCACCGCGCCAGCACCAGCAACAGCGCGGACUACAUCGUCAACGAGAACUGGGCGGGAGCGGUACUGGAGUCCGCGCCCGCCUCCAGCGCGACGUACACCUACGUCGCGGCGACCUUCACCCUCCCCUCCGUGACCCCGACGGCCGCCGCCUCCAGCAGCGACACGCAAGCGGUCUCGUUCUGGGUGGGGAUUGACGGGGCGACGGCGGGCAACUCGAUCUGGCAGACCGGGGUGGACAUUUACGUGGACAGCAACAACGCGACCUCGUUCGCCGCGUGGUACGAGUGGUACCCGGCCAACUCGGUGGACGUGGAGAUGGAGUUCUCGAUCGGCGACGUGGUGUUCGCCUCGGUGGAGGCGACGAGUGACUCGGCUGGCACGGCGGUGAUCGAGAACAUGACGACCGGCAAGAAGAUCACGAUGAGUGCGACGGCGCCGGACAGCAGCUCGAAGCUGCAGGGCCAGAAUGCGGAGUGGAUUGUGGAGGAUCUCGCGGUGGACGGCGAUGGGUUGACCUUGGUGGACUUCGAUGAGGCCUUCUUCACCGGCUGUGUGGCCAAGACCGCCGAUGGGAAGUCGUAUAACCUCGACAGUGGCGCCGCCCUGUAUGCCGUGCAGGAUACGUACAGUGAUAGUGUGCAGGCGGUGCCGGAGAUCUUGAGCAGUGAGAAGUUGCAGGUCACGUUUCAGUAGAGACGAGGCUGUGAGAAUGUGGGGGUUGUGCUUGGGGUGGUAAUAAUAUAGGUGAAUACUUGUACGAUUAUGCUCCAUUAUUAGUAGAUGACUUCACCUCAUCAUCUUAUAGAAACAACACUAGUAUAUAUACUCGCAAAGCACACCUUACCCCCAUGCAAGUAUAUCGAAAAGAAACACCCAACACCGACAUUACCCACUCAUCAGUCAUAGAGAUCUCCCCAACCCCUCCCCGUCGUCCUCCCAUCCCACACCACCACCGGCCUCGGCGCCGCAAUCUGCACCAUCUCCUCCGAG